ACACAGUUAGCUGCGUCGCAGAAAACAGGGAGGAAAAUUUCUUUGAUGUAAUUAAAUCGACUCAAGAGUGAGGCCGUUUGCCGUGACAACGUACCUGUGAUAGGAACUUAGGAGAUUGAUAAGGGACAAUGACCCAGUCUCAUUUGUAAUAUGAUUGCGAAGAUAAAAAAUUAUGUCAUUAGUUGAUCGAAUACUUAAGGCUUUGCCGAUCAAACGGAAAGAGCGUCCAGAGACAAGAAAUGUUUUUGUUGGAAUAAAACCUGAUGAUGGGGCUGAAGAACAGCGUUUCCCAUCCAACAGAAUAGUAUCCUCAAAACUCAUUAUCGAUUCUCCAGUUUCACCCAUAACUAGUGGCUUACCUUUAGCAUUUGUUGUCAUUCUUACUGCUUUAAAGCAGGGCUAUGAAGACUUUCUUCGGCACAAGGCGGAUCGGGAAGUUAAUAGAAGUCCUGCCUAUGUUUUCAGGGAUGGAAAUUUCGUUAGAGUCGAAUCUCAUGAAAUUGUGGUCGGAGAUGUAGUAAAAGUACUCUCCAACGAAGGAAUACCUUGUGAUAUGGUUAUGAUAUCUUCUUCAAGCAACGAUGGAGAAUGUUUUAUCACUACUGCAAAUUUAGACGGCGAAACGAAUUUAAAGAAAUUUAGAGCUCUACUUGAAACCAAGUCUUUUACAAAUGACGAAACUUUGACAAACUUAAAGAUGAAAAUUGAAUGCGAACAACCAACUACAAAUUUAUAUAAAUUUAUUGGCACUUUAAAUAUUUUCGAUGGCGAAAGGAAAAAAGUAUCGUUAUCAUCUGAGAAUGUCCUAUUACGUGGAUGUUGUUUAAAGAAUACCGAUUUUGUGAUGGGUUGCGCUAUUUACACUGGACAGGAAACGAAAAUGGGAUUAAACUCUAGGAAAUCAACAAUAAAAUUUUCGAGGAUAGAAAAGACUAUGAAUCGUUUUUUAAUUUUUUACCUUUGUCUUCUACUCUUUGAAUCUGCUCUUUUGGUUGGUUUGAAACAUAACUUUUUUUCCAACGACGAGAACAAAAAUUUAUGGUAUAUUGAUAAUGAAGACAGCCCGUCCUUUAAAGUAAUUGUGGAAGAACUUCUCGCCUUUAUGAUUUUAUUAAAUUAUACCAUACCGAUUUCGAUGUAUGUUACAGUAGAACUGCAAAAAUUCUUUGGCUCUAUGUUUUUCGAAUGGGAUCGCGAAAUAUACGAUCCGAAGACAAACGAAGCCGCCAGAGCUAUCACAUCGGAUUUAAAUGAAGAAUUAGGACAAAUAGAAUACUUGUUUACUGAUAAGACGGGAACUCUAACUGAAAAUAAUAUGAAAUUUCGGCAAUGUUCAGUUAAUGGCAUUAAAUUUGUGGAUGUUUAUGGCAAAUUAUGCAAAAAGGAAAAAAACAUUCAACCCGAUCCAUUGAGAUCAUACGAUGAAGUCAUUGAUCUCUUGAAAGCCGUUGCCUUAUGUCAUACAGUUCGCGUGGAAAAAGUUGAUAAACCCAAUGGUGUUGUAAAUAAAGGCUUUAGCCACGAAGAAGAGUGUAUACCUAUGUCAGUUUUGAAUGAUAGCGCUGAUGAAGCGGAUCAUAAUCAUAAUUUUCAAGCCAGUUCGCCUGAUGAGAAGGCAUUAGUGGAAGCUUGUAGGGACUAUGGUGUUAUUUUUCAAGGUACCGUUGACAAUGUUAUGAAAUUAAAAAUAGGAAAGACAGUGAAAUUAUAUAAAUUGAUUCAUACACUUGAGUUUGACCCCGUUCGCAAGCGUAUGAGCGUAAUGAUACAGGACGAAAGAGGCGAUGCUACACUAUAUGUGAAAGGUGCAGACUCUCAUAUUGUUCCAAGAUUAACAGGUGAAAAAGAAACAGUUUUUAGUUCUUGUUCAGAUUAUGCUAAGGACGGACUAAGAACUUUAGUCAUUGCCAAAAAAGAAUUAUCAAAAAGUGAAUUUGAAAGAGAUCAUGAAAUUUUAACAACGGCUCACAAUUCAGUUGCAAAUAGAGAUGAAAAUGUUGCAUUAGCUUAUGAUCAGGUAGAAAGAGAUUUAACUCUUGUUGGAGUUACUGCGGUUGAAGAUGAGCUACAAGAAGGGGUUCCAGAGACUCUUACCUCUUUAAGAACUGCGGGUAUAAAAGUAUGGGUAUUAACAGGAGAUAAAGAAGAAACAGCUGUAAAUAUUAGCUAUUUUGCCGGCCAUUUCGAUAAGAAUAUGCAAGAAAUGCGUUUAACAAAUCGAAUUUCCGAGGAGGAUUGCGUAGAGUUUCUAAAACAAAAUAAGAAAAUAUUAACCGACAAUGUACAUGGUCAGUACGCCUUAAUAAUUGAUGGCCACAGUUUGGCUAUUGCUCAAAAAUGCUGCAGAGAAUUAUUACAAGAAGUUUGUUUAUUGGCUUCAACCGUACUCUGUUGUAGAAUGUCUCCAAUUCAAAAAGCUGACGUUGUAAAAUUGAUUAAAGAAUCGAAGAGACAUCCAACAACUGCUGCUAUUGGAGAUGGAGCUAAUGAUGUUUCUAUGAUUCAAGAAGCUCACGUUGGAAUUGGUUUAAUGGGAAAAGAAGGUAGGCAGGCUGUUAGGGCCAGUGACUACGCUUUUGGGAGAUUUAAAUUUCUUCGUAAGGCAAUAUUAGUUCAUGGACAUUACUUUUAUGUUCGUUUGGCUAUACUUGUUCAAUAUUUCUUUUAUAAACUGAUGCUUGAAACUUACUACUGGUGUAUACCUACAUGCAUUGGAUUCCUAGUCACGUUUAUUGGUUACUUCGUUCUGACUACAAUAUAUAGUGUGGCAAAUUGGCCAGCUCUGUUCACUCCAAUAUUUUAUAGAAGUUUUACCAGAAUGUGUGAAAAUCAUAUGUGGUGGCUUUCAAUUUUAGGUUUGAUUGUUACUUGCAUAGUCCCAGAUAUUGUUCUGAGAGCAAUUCAGGAUGCAAAAUUAGGAUUUAAAAAGUCAAUUUACAGAAGAACUUCCGGAAGGUCAAUUCCCUACCAAAGACAAGAGGAUUAUACUGACAAUAACAUACCUCGAAAUGUAACUGUUGUAUCGAACACUGUAAAAGGCUUUGCCAACCCGUCAUACGACAGUGCAAUGGAAUCGACUCAUCUAUAA